GGAGUACGUAUUAUAAAGAAAUAAAAUAAAAAUAGUCAUAAGUGGAAGUAACUAGUUUGUAUAAUUAUACCCCCAAAAUCGGUCAACCAGUGUUCCUAAUGAGACGCCCACCACUUACCCUUCACCCAUCAAAAUAUGCAUCAAAACACACCAAAGAGAUAACCUUCCCCACAAAAAAACACCCACACAUCUCCCACUACUAAAGGGAGAGAAAAACACGCACACACACACCUAGAGAGAGAGGAGAGAGAAAACACACUCAAGGAGAGAGAGAGGGGAACGGUGUGAGAAAUAGCGAGAGAGAGAGAGAUAUAUAAUCAUCGCUAGAGGGAAGAAGAUGAAGCAGCAGCAAUGGCAGCUGUGCAGAAAAAGGACUCAAUUCAACAUUAAGAAGAAACUCCUCUGGCGAAUCUCUAUCCUGCGCCGAUACGUCCGAUCGGUUUGGAGCCAGUUUCUGGCUUGCUGGAGCGGCAAGAUCUCAGGCACCUACCGGCCUCUUCCUCCCAAUUCCGCCGCCGCGACCACCGCCGUCUCCUCCUCUUCCUCCUCCUCCUCCUCGCCCGCCGCCGCCGCGCUGCCGUUGCGGCUCAGCUAUGGGAAGGAUGCGUCGGAUCUGGUCUCUUUGAAGAUUAGUCUCUUUGGCGAUUCCAACAUCGGCAAAACGAGUUUUCUGACAAAAUAUACAGGGGUCACGAAAAGAGACGAAGAAAAUACAGGCAUGGGAAUAAAUCACGUGGACAAAAUAUUGGAUGUGAAAGGGGCAAGGAUUUCUUAUAGUAUAUGGGACGUGGGAGGUGAUGAUUCUUCGCACAAUCAAAUUCCCAUAGCAUCAAAAGAUUCAGUGGCUAUGCUAUUUAUGUUUGACCUUACCAGUCGACGUACGUUAAAAAGUGUGAUCACAUGGUAUCAAGAAGCCAGAAAAUAUAACCAGACUGCAGUGCCAGUAUUUAUAGGGACCAAAUUCGAUGAAUUUAUCCAACUUCCUAUAGCUUUGCAAUGGACAAUUGCAAGCCAGGCAAGAGGGUAUGCAAAGGCUCUCAAUGCACCUCUAUUUUUUUCCAGUGCAAAAUACAACAUAAAUGUGAAUAAAGUUUUCAAGUUCAUCACAGCCAAGCUAUUCAAUUUGAACUGGAAAUUGGAGCGAAAUCUCACCAUUGGAGAACCCAUUAUUGAUUUCUAAUUUACUUUCUAUUUUUCUUUUUCCCGGAUUCUCGGUAAAAAAAGUUUUGUAGAAAUUUUUAGUCGUGUGAAAAGUGACUUAAGCAAACCAGUCUCCGGAUGUGCUUAGGGCUCCGAGGAUAUGAUACGCUACAUCUGAUGAAAUGUAUCGAUCGAUAUUUCCAAGCAUCGGAUGUGGAUAUAAUAUGUUACAUCUGAUGAAAUAUAUCGAUCGAUACUUCACUUUUGUUAGCGUAUUUUAGAGAAGAUAAACGCGCAUCCAGUGAUCUUGUGUUGUUUAGAUAGUGUGCAGAAAGAAAAGGAGAUGAAUGUAUAUGUGCUUUGAGGGGAAAAAAAAACGAAGCACGACAUCCCGAUUCUUUGAAUAAAAUCCUUUUUUCUCUCUC